UGGAACAUCUCUGCCCCUAAUCUUCUUCCCUUCUAGCCGCGCGCGCCCCGUGAGAUUCGUGCUAUUCCCAGCUACGACAUUCCUAGGCACUCCAGUAUUUAUGUCUGCUCUACGCUCUGCCAGAAACCAGUGUCAACCUUUUCACGUACAUUAAAUCUCCGGAAUUUUCGAAGCUUCAGUAGUCACCAGCCCAGAUUCCUCCCACAUCGCGCUUCGUCAUCAGCAUUGUCAGCUCAAAUCCACAGACAUGGCUCUCGCACUACUUUCUUCCAACCCGCUUUUGGAUUCCAUCUCUUCGUUCAGCGACUUCGACGACAUGACCUCCCUCCUCCAAAAUUUCCAAACGAAUCUCCUCAGCGACUCUCAAUCUCUCCUCUGUCACUCGUUCCUCAGUAACACUCUUCAUAAUCACACGUCCAUCGGUGCCGGCCUAGUAAACCAAGCUUUCCGUGAGCUCGACGGCGAAGCUCUCGAUACUCCCAAGGUCGACGUCAAGGAAUCUCCAGACGCGUUUGAAUUCAUCGCGUCCGUUCCGGGCCUUGACAAGGAGGACAUGCAAGUGCAAGUGCGGGGGAAGGACGUCUUGACGAUUACCGGCAAGAGGACGAGGGAGGAGAGGGACGCUGACGAUAGCAACCGCGUUGUCAGGGAGUUCCGCAGCUUCAAGCGAAGCUUCCGGCUGCCGCGUGGUGUUUCUACCAAGAAGAUCAAGGCGGCGGCUCGGAACGGCGUGCUGACUGUGACUGUUCCCAAGAGAACAACUCCUCAGAAAGCUCGCGGCAGUGGCCCCGCGAAUCCGAAGGUCACGGCGGAAGGGAAGGAUGAGCCGGCUGGAGUCGCGAAGAGAGGCGGAUUGAACGGUGAGCAACCAGCAAGCAAGCGGAGAAAAGCCGUUCGCUUUGCUCCAGGGAUCUAGACCUAGGUUACCAGCUUGUAGGCAGGAAUAGUCCUGUAUGAACCGCUACCCAUGGGCUAUGUGAUGGUCUGAAUCACCACCGACUUUGUACAUAAAUCAUGGUGUAAAUGAUU